CGCACGCGAGUGUCUUGAAUCGUGUCAAGGAUCUAACAUAUGUGAUAUUUAUUCGUGAGAUUGCUGCACAUACUCGAACUAUAUGUAUCUGGUGGUUAAGUGUUUGUAUGACAAUGUGUGCGGUCCAUGAGGAGCGCAAACCGAAUCCGGUCACAAAGGCUAGCUUCCUUUCAAAAUGGUUCUUUAUCUGGACGCGCGAGAUUCUCGUGAAAGGAUUACGCCGAUGUCUGGAUCCUGCCGAUCUGUACGCACCCGAGCCAAGCUUAGAAAGCACCCACGUAACAGAUUAUCUGCUCAGGCACUGGGAGCAGGAGCUCAAACGAUCGAAGCCGAAUGUCCUGCGAAUGAUAUUCAAGGCGUACGGCUGGAGUUUUGUGCCGGCGAGCAUUGUGUACUCCAUCAUGGCCAUCGCCAUUCACACAACGCAACCUCUGAUGCUGGGCGGCUUGGUUUCCUAUUUCUCGGAGAGCUCUGGAAAAAUCUCGAAGCACUCGGCUUAUUUGUACGCCAUGGGUGUGGUGCUCUGCUCCCUGUUCUCGGGACUGGUCUUCCACCCGUUCAUGAAGUACCUGUUCCGAGUGGGUUCCCGCGUCCGGCUGGCCUGUGCCGGUCUCGUCUACCGGAAGUUCCUGCGCGUCUCGGUGGCUGCGGACUGCAGCGGCGUGAGUGGCUAUGCCAUAUCCCUGAUGGCCACCGACCUGCCGACCUUCAACGAGUCCUUCUACUGUUUCCACGAGCUGUGGCGCGGACCGCUGGAGGCCGCGGUCUUUGUCUACAUUAUUUACCAACUGAUUGGAUGGCCGGCGGUAGUGGGUUUGGGUACCAUUGUGGCCUUUAUACCGCUCCAAGCCUGGGCCGCCCGUGCCAUAGCUCGUUACAAAAGGAAUUCUGCGGAUGUGGGCGACGAAAGGGUGAAGCUAAUGAACGAAAUCAUCGCAGCCAUGCAGCUUAUUAAGAUGUACGCCUGGGAGAAAUCCUUCGCGAAGUUAAUUGGCAAAGUGAGGAAGGAGGAAAUGAAGUCCAUAAAAGGUUCCACCUACAUUUAUGCUGGACUGCAAUGUACUGGAAUGAUCUCCAAGUUGUCGCUCUUUGUUUCCUUGGUAACCUAUGUCUUCACUGGUGACAUAGUCACCUCCCAGAAGGUGUUUAUAGUGUCCAGCUAUUAUGAUCGCCUGAAUGACUCUCUGCUGCACUCCUGGCCCUUGGCCAUUAAUAUGUGGGUAGAGACCUUCGUGGUGGCCAAUCGCGUGAAGGACUUCCUUUUCCAGAACGAAGAUCCUGCAGACGGUGGUGCAAGCAAUUUCAUAGAGCCCGAGGACAAUCCAAAUCAUGGCAACUUCCCAGGACGCACUCACAGGCCGAAAGCUGAAGAUAAGAGCAUUACGGUCCAUAAAUUGACUGCCAGCUGGGAUCAGGCGAAUCAGGAAAAGCGGCACCGGCAUAUCGAGGAUGUGAGUUUCCAGGCCACGGAUCAGCAGUUCGUGGGAAUCGUAGGAACUGUGGGUGCUGGAAAGAGCACGCUGCUUCAAGUCAUCCUGGGCGAGCUGGAUAUUAUCAGUGGCAGUGUGGAUCUCAAUGGAGUGCUAAGCUAUGCGCCGCAGGAACCCUGGUUACUUCGUGGCACACUCCGUGAGAAUAUCCUCUUUACGGAACCCUACGACGAGCAGCGAUAUCUGGAGGUCCUCCGGGUUUGUCAUCUCGAUGCGGAUGUGGAACAGCUGCCUUCGGGUGACAGCACAAGAGUGGGCGAAGGUGGAGCCAGUCUGAGUGGCGGACAAAAGGCCCGAGUCAGUUUAGCACGAGCUGUCUACCGGAAGGCAGAUAUUUACCUUCUGGACGACCCGCUAUCAGCCGUCGAUUCCCAUGUGAGCAAGGUGCUCCUCGACCGCUGUCUCAAUGAGUUUCUGUCCAAGAAAAUCCGUAUUCUGGUCACCCAUCGUGUUCAGUUGCUGCGACACGUGGAUCACUUGGUCCUUCUAGAAGGGGGUCGCAUCUCCAUCCAGGGACAAUAUGAUGCCCUCAAGAGACUAAUUCGGUUCAGGAUGUCGGCGGCCAAUGAUGUGGAGGUGGCCAAGUUGCGGGCCAUGCGAACGGACAGUGUUUACGAGGAGCCGGAGCCAAGGAAAUCGCUUUCCCACGAGGAGCACCUCGAUCGAGACCAAAUAGAGAAGCAGUUCAAGGAGCAGCAGCAAGUGGGAUCCGUCAAACUGAGUACCUACAAGGAGUAUUUCAGGGUUCUGGGUCACCCUUUAGUGGUGCUGCUAAUCCUUCUCCUGUUCGUUGUGGCUCGGGUUUCGGAGGCCACCAUGGAUAUAUUUCUCUCCAAAUGGGCAACUUGGGAGGAGACGGAGCCCAAUCAGCAUGAACCGAUUCCGGAAUAUCAUAGGACUCGACUGCGCAUGAUGAUCCUCUACACAGUCCUUAUCCUGUGCACCCUCAUCUUUUAUGUCCUGCGUACCUUUGGAUUCUUCACGAUGACUCUGCGAAUAUCGCUCCGAAUUCAUGUUCAACUUUUUCAAGGCGUUAUCCGCGCCUUCAUGCAUUUUUUCACCUUGGCUACCUCUGGCAGGAUUUUAAACCGAUUUUCCAGUGAUAUUCUGGCAAUAGACGUGAAUCUUCCCCAGGCGCUGAUGGACUCCUUGGAGUUUGUCGUGAAUGGGUUGGCUGUACUUGCGGUGGUCAGCACGGCCAAUAUUUGGCUUUUAAUUCCGGCCAUCGUGGUGGUGGCUUUACUGUACGGCUGCAGGUGUCUCUAUAUAGGAGCUAGUCGGAGUUUAAAGCGCAUAGAAACUAUAUCUCGGAGUCCCAUUUAUUCCCACACGAAUGCCACUUUCAAGGGAUUGGCUACCAUCCGUGCUCUAAGUGGAACCAAAUACAUGGAGCGGGAGUUCCAUCAUUACCAGAACGAGAACACCUCCGCAUUGUACCUCCAUGUGAGCAUCAAUCGGGCCUUUGCCUUCUGGACGGACCUCAUCUGCGUGCUGUACAUCCUGGCGGUGACCUUCAGUUUCCUGCUCUUCGACAAGAGGCACAGGGGAUACUACAGUGGCGAUGUGGGUCUGGCCAUCACGCAGUCCAUGAAACUGGUGCUGAUGUGCCAGGCGGGAAUGCGGCAAACCGUCGAGCUGGAGAACAUGAUGACCAGCGUGGAGCGGGUGAUGGAGUACGUGAAUAUACCCUCGGAACCCGCCUACGAAACGGAUGAGUCGGUCAAUCUGCCCAAGCAUUGGCCCAGUGGUGGGCAGCUGGAAUUCCGGGAUCUGCGGUUGCGGUACAGCGAUCACGGUCCGUAUAUCCUGAAAGGACUCAACUUCACGAUACGCGGCGAGGAGAAGAUCGGCAUCGUGGGUCACACGGCUGCGGGGAAGUCCUCCAUUGUCCAGGCUCUCUUUCGGUUGGCUCACAUCGAUGGGCACAUCGCCAUCGAUGGCUUCGAGACAUCCGAGCUGGGCCUGCACGAUCUGAGGCGGAGAAUCUCGAUCAUACCGCAGGAUCCGGUGCUCUUCUCGGGCUCUCUCCGCUUCAACCUCGAUCCCUUCGAGGAGAAGACGGACGAGGAACUCUGGCUGGCCCUGGAGGCCGUCAAGCUCAAGGAGUUCGUUUCGAAUCUGAAGGACGGCAUAUGCUGUGUCCUCCACGACUGCGGGGCCAAUUUUAGCAUGGGCCAAAGGCAGCUGGUCUGCCUGGCCAGAGCUCUCUUGCGCCAGAACAAAAUACUCAUCAUGGACGAGGCCACGGCCAACGUGGAUCCCGAGACAGACAAUCUCAUCCAGGAGGCGAUCCGCACCAAGUUCGCCCACUGCACCGUGCUGACCAUCGCCCACCGGCUGCACACCGUGAUGGACAACGACCGGGUGAUGGUGGUCGACAUGGGCCGGGUGGUGGAGCUGGGUCAUCCGCACGAGCUGCUCCACAACCGGCACGGAUACCUGCACCGAUUCGUGGAGAAGACGGGCGUGGGCACCGCCCAGCACUUGAGGCACCUGGCGGAGCAGAGCUACCGGAAGAGGGUGCUGGGCAGGAAGUCGGAGGAUCAGGGAUCCGUGCUCGAUGUGGGGUACAAGGGGACGACCCUGUGAAAGACUGGCGGGGUGGGGAAAAUAAGAGGGCUUUCCGUUCCGUUAGGUAUGGUAAUAUAGACUUUAUUAUAGUGAACUGAUCUUUAAAUAUAGUUAUAUAUGUAUAUACUUUAUAUGUACUUCAUAAUAUACUCGUACUUAGUUGUUUCAA